AUGGGAGACAAGCCAGUUUGGGAGCAGACUGGAUCCAGCUUCAUUCAACAUUACUACCAGUUAUUUGAUAACGACAGAACCCAACCAGGCGCAAGUUAUCUUGACGCGACAUGCCUUACUUGGGAAGGACAGCAAUUCCAGGGGAAAGCUGCCACUGUGGAGAAAUUGUCUAGCCUUCCGUUCCAGAAAAUCCAGGACAGCAUCACAGCACAGGACCAUCAGCCCAGGCCAGACAGCUGCAUCAUCAGCAUGGUUGUGGACCAGCUCAAGGCCGAUGAAGACCCUGUCAUGGGGUUCCACCAGAUGUUCCCAUUAAAGAACAUCAAUGAUGCUUGGGUUCACACCAAUGACAUGUUCAGGCUUGCCCUGCACAACUUCGGCCGACCUCCUCCCUCCUCUUCCCGAUACUGUUCACACUCCUCCAGAUGCUCCAAAUAUCAUACACAAAUGAGCAGGGCCACGGUGGGAGUGGGCAGGUGCGCUGCUGCUACUGCGGCAUCGCACAUGAUGUUUGAACGCUUAGACUGGUUGCAUCUGGCAGGAGAAGUUUGUGUUGUACCAGCCCACGCCUUGGAAAGACUUAAGUAA